AUGACUGUAAAUGAGGUUAAUUUGAAGACUUUGCUUUCAGAAAGAAAAAGAUUGUUCGAAGAGCAUGAGAAGUUGGUGACUGCGACAAACUCAAAUAUGGAAGCCUCUUUGAAUGAGGUCAAGGAGUUUAAAAGUUUUCUUCUAACUGAUAAUACAAUUCACAAUUCAAAGUUCAUUGACACGGUUAAUAAUUUGGCUUCGCAUUAUGAUAUUGAAGCCAAAAUGGAAGAUAUCAUUGCGAGCAAAGUUGCAAAGUUCACUUUGCUCAAGGAUGAGUUAAUGAUUGUGAAGACUAAACUAAUCAAGAAGGAUAAUGAAUUACUAAUUGUUAAGGGAAAAACUUUUGAAAUCAAUAAAAGUCUUGUAAAGAUUGUUGAGGAAAAGGAUGCUCCAUAUGUUGACUAUAUUUCACAAAUUUUGGAUGCGACCUUCAAUUCUUAUUUUCAAAGUUAUCACUUAUUGAUGGUGUUCUAA